UAAAUAAAAUCUUCAUUAAUUAAAUCAUUUUAAAACAAGAAAGUAAUCGUUUAUUAUUCACUUUACAUUUAUAAAAACCUUUCAAUCUUCUCGUUUUAUAUAAAGACUAUAAAAACCUUUUUAACAACUAAACAUUUAAAUCCCAUAAACUAUAAACAUGUCAAUUCUUGCAAGAUUUGCACUUGUUCUAGUUUUGUUCAUCUGUUUGAGAGGAUCAGAAGGUGGUGUACAAACACCACCAUCGUGGGUUAGCGGCGGAGCAGCGGCAGCGGCGACAAAAUAUCAAACCAUCACUGUUGAUCAAUCCGGUGGGGGGAACUACACCACUAUUCAGUCUGCCAUUGAUGCCAUUCCUUUUGAUAAUAUGCAAUGGAUUUGUGUUUAUGUCAAAACUGGCAUUUACAAGUAUGUUUUUUUUUUCUAUUCUUUUUUUUUUCUUCAAAUAUCUUAUUUACGGGAACUUGAUAAAUCUCUUGUUAAAAUCCCAUAUGAUAAACCAAUGAUUUAUCUAAAAGGAGGUGGAAAAAGAAAAACAUAUGUUGUUUGGAAUGGCCAUAACUCCAUUGAAACCGAUGCAACUUUUAUUUCGGAAGCUGACAAUGUUGUUGUCAAGAGUAUCACUUUCAUCAAUUCUUACAACUACCCUUUGGCAAGCAAUGGCCACAACCCCAUUAUGCCCGCGGUUGCGGCAAAGAUCUCCGGUGACAAAUCGGCUUUUUAUCGUUGCGGUUUCAUGGGUGUUCAAGAUACUUUGUGGGAUGAUGCCGGUAGACAUUACUUUAAGUUGUGUUCGAUACGAGGUGCGGUUGAUUUCAUCAUGGGGUCCGGUCAAUCUAUAUACGAGAGGAGUACAAUUUCGGUAAUCGCGGGAUUCUUAAGUCCCCAACCGGGAUUUAUCACCGCCCAAUCGAGGGAUGCUGCUAGUGACCUAAACGGUUUCGUGUUUAAGGAUUGCAAUGUGGUUGGAAACGGCACAACUUAUUUGGGAAGACCAUGGCGCGGACAUGCUCGAGUUCUUUUCUAUAACUCGAGAUUGUCGAACAUUGUUGUUCCUCAAGGAUGGCUUGAUGGGGACUUCAUCGGCACCACAAUGAAAGAUUUGGUGUUCGCCGAGGAUGAAUGUAGGGGCGAUGGAUCGGAUACAUGGAGAAGAGUAUGGUGGAAAAGCAAGCUAAGCAAGGAGGAGAUACGGCGGUUAACGAGCAAGUCUUACAUUGAUGAAGAAGGUUGGAUUAAAAAUCAAGCUUUCAAUAUGUUAUCUUGAACUCCAACAAUUGUUUUAAUCUUGUUUUUGAGAUGUU